AUGUGUUGCUCAUCGACAUUAUCGAAUUUUAUUGUUAUAACUGACAAGAAAAAAGUUUAUCGUAUUCAUGAAACUACUUUAUCAAUUGAACGUAUUUAUGGAAUUGAAGAAAACGAUUGGUUAUCUUGUACAUGUUCAGAUACAUAUCUUUAUUUAACCAUAUGUGAAACAGGUUCAAAUAUAUUUCAAUUUAAACUUUUACCAUUAAUUCGACCAGUUGAACAAUGGCAAUCUCCAUAUUCUUGUAAACCACAUGAAUCUAUUCAUGCUAUUCAAUAUAAUAAUAGAACACUUGCUUUAGUAAUUAGAGAAUCUUUUGGAGGUGUUAUGAAUAUUGAACUUCGACCAUCUUCAACACUCAAUCAACAUUGGUCACUUCUGCUUAAUAUUAGAAGUUCAGGAUUAUGGUCUCGAAUUAGUUGUUGUUCACUUCAAUAUGAUGAAUGA